AUGCCUCCACUAAGUGUCAAAGAUCUAACAAUGCCCGCAGCGGCAUUCACGAUGGCCAUCAUCCUCACGGCGCACGUAUACAAUUCGAUCAAUCACGCAAGGCUGGACGCAGCCAUAGCGAGGGACCAGAAGUUGACUGAGAUAGAAGAAAAAAGGAGGAAGAGGUAUGAGGAUUCUCUGAAGACGAUAGAGCGUAGAGAGCAAGAGAAGAAAAAUCAGAAUAAUCCUUCUACUUGA